CCGCCAUCUUGUUGUACGGCUGGCCUCGGCCCCUGUGUUGGGAGGGGUGAGGGGGCUGGGGGGAAGGGCCAACCGGCCGGAGAUGGUGAUCUGCUGCGCGGCGGUGAAUUGCUCUAACCGGCAGGGGAAGGUGCAUAGAGGAGCCGUCUCCUUCCACAGAUUCCCUCUAAAGGACUCAAAACGUCUGAUCCAGUGGUUAAAAGCAGUUCAAAGGGACAACUGGACUCCUACCAAAUACUCCUUUCUCUGCAGUGAGCAUUUCACCAAAGAUAGUUUCUCCAAACGGCUGGAAGAUCAGCAUCGGCUACUCAAGCCGACGGCUGUGCCAACCAUCUUUCAGCUCACAGAGAAGAAAGACGACAAUCAGGAUUAUGUCAAAACUAGAGUUAAAAUAGCAAGCCAAAUACCUGUGAGGGAUGGAGAUCAACCAAGGGAAGGAGGCUGUGAGGUAGUUGAGAGAACCUCAUAUUCUGACCAAAACUUUAUGGUAAUGCAAGGAACUAAAGAGAUGGAGCAAGUGACUCUGCAAGCUGAAAUUGGGUCAAUGUCUGAGCAAGGAGAGAAUGUCUGUGGGCAGUUGGAAGGGCCUCUGAGAAGGAUGUUAGUCGAUAAUUUAGUCACAAAGACAGGAGUCCAGAAAAGGCCAGAAAGGCCAUCUGUGGAUGAUUGUUCUGAAAGCGCUGUCCAUACUGAGAGUUGGAUAACAGAUAGAAGUGGUAUAUCAAUUGAUGACUUCACACCUCCAGUGUCUGGGGCUUGCAAAUUUAUUGGCUCUCUCCACUCUUACAGCUUUUCCUCUAAGCACACCAGAGAGAAGCCAUCUUUCCCCAAAGAGCAACUUGAGAAGAAAAGGCCAAAGAGAGAUGUGGAACCAAGCUGCAGCAGCAGUAUCAUGGGGCACAAUAAGACCUUAGCAGAAAGCUCCCCUAAUUCAUCACUUACUGCAACCCCUCAGAAACCUUCACAAAGUUUGUCAGCAUCCCCUGCAGACCUUACCCCUCAGCCAGCAACAGAGGCUGUGGUAGGGCAGAAAGGAGAGACAGAUGCCAAUCCCAUGUCAAUCAAUGAGGUCAUCAUCUCGGCCUCAGGAGCUUGCAAGCUCAUUGACUCGCUCCAUUCAUACUGUUUCUCCUCUAGGCAAAGCAAAAACGAAGUAUGCUGCCUACGGGAGCAGGUGGAGAAAAAGAAUGGAGAGCUGAAGCUGUUGAGGCAAAGAAUCAGCCGCUCUGACAGUCAAGUCAAGAAGCUGAAGGAGAAGCUGGAUGAACUAGAGAAGAUCAGUUUCCCAUACUUGAACAGUCUGCUGUCCCAGGACUGUGAGACCCCCCAACUAAACCCUGUGAUUGAGCCUCUGUCCUGGAUGCUGGGCACCUGGCUGUCAGACCCACCGGGAGAUGGUGACUUCCCUAUGAUGAAGCCCUUUCAGUACCUGGAAGAGGUGCGCAUCUCUCACGUGGGGCAGCCCAUGCUGAACUUUUCGUUUAAUGCUUUCCAUCCAGACACCAGGAAGCCAAUGCACAGAGAAUGUGGAUUCAUCCGCCUCAAACCUGACACUAACAAGGUGGCCUUCAUCAGUGCCCAGAACACAGGUCUUGUGGAGGUGGAGGAAGGAGAGGUGAACGGACAGGAGCUGUCUAUAGCUUCUCACUCUAUAGCCAGGAUCUCCUUUGCCAAGAAGCCCCAUGUGGAGCAGAUUACCAGAAAAUUUAGACUCAAUUCCGAUGGGAAACUAGAACAGACCGUCUCCAUGGCAACCACUGCGCAGCCAAUGACUCAGCACCUUCACAUUACCUACAAAAAGGUGACACCUUAAAAAUAGGAGAGUAGGGUUUCCCCGCAGAAAAGGCGGAGCCUGGAGCCUAAGGACAGAAGCCUAUCUUGGUGAUCCACAUUCACACCUGAUUACAGGAGGGGGAGGCUGGUGAGCUACACAUGCUGUUGGGAAUGUUAUGCAGUUGUUUCUGUAACGGUAUAUAUAAAAAACAAAUAAAAAGCCUUUAUUUUUA